UCUUCCAACGCGUGCUAUGUCCAAGUCAUAGCGGGUAGAACCUUGAUGUUGUUUCCCAUGCACAUUUAUUGUUGAGUCCUUAAGGGAAAAAGAAAAAAAAAGAGAGUGUGCCCUUGUGCAAGAUGCUGUCUGCUAUUAUCGUGUUUGCAGUUCUGUUCGCUGGUACAGCGAGUGAACAACAAACAGUAGCAGACCAAUUUAUUGAAGACGUCCUCGCGUACAAGUUGCCUGAGAAGAUGGAAUCAAUGUCCUUGAACUCGAUUGCAAUCCAGCAGUUGACGGUGCACGUGAAUGCUCUGAGCGAGAAGAUUCCAGAGAGAGACAUUAUUCUGCGGAACGGCAGAAUCGACAACAUGGCGCGGGAGGUUCGCCGCCACGCUAAAUGCCGGCCUACUGGUGCCGAUUCGAUGGACUGUUUCGUAACAAUAGAUGGCACUGUAAUCACAUUUCAAGGCAUCGAGAGGAACCGAGUGAAUGUCGACUUUGAGAUAAAGGUAUCUCACAGCGUCAUCGAUAUCACCGUCGUUAGAGGAGAAGAUGGUAAAGCAACGUUGAAGAGCUUCAACGUCCAGGCAGUCUAUCCGUGGGUUUACAAACCAGUCGAGUUCUCUGCCCUCAGCGAACAAGACAUCAUGUUAGAAAGCAACAUGAAGGAUUUGAUGCGAGAAGUUAUCCGGGGCGUCAUAGAGAAUCAACUCAUGCGGGCCUUGAAGGCCGCCCUAGAAGCCAAGACAUUUCCCGCGCUCUGACGCUGUCGUCUUCAUUUCAGACCAGUGUUCUAUACGCAACGCUGUUGCAGUAAUCGAUACUUUUUUCCGGUAUCGGAGUGCGGAUCGGGACACUUUUUUAAAUCGGUAUCGGAAAAGCAUUUCCGUCACAAAUUUAUCGUAACGCGAUCUCCGUAUCGUUAUCGAUACUUUUUUAGUGCCCCCAUCCUUUCUUCGCUGGUCCACCUAGUGCUCCACAAUAAACCUGUGGAAACACCAACGUACUCCGUAUCGGGAAUUAAAUCAAAAUAUGUUUUUUUUUUUUCAUCGUGUAUUCCAAAUGGAAGUCGCGUUGCACAUAUCUCACUUCUAUAGUUGAUCAUACGUUCGUGGCACAUAUUCCCAGCAAUGCGUUCCUCUCUCAUAGGUGGCGCUUGCUGAGGUCCAUGUACAAACACUGAAAAGUUACCAUGUACCGAAAACUGAGCUUAGAACGUCGUAAAAGCGUUCGUUGCUCAACAGAAAAAUUGAAAGGUUACCGAAGUGCGUGUUGCGAGAAACUACAGGGUGUUCAAAAUUAAGCUUUCACGAGCGCUACGCAAACACAGCGAUGACAGGAAACCGGAUGAUAACUUUACGCUACUUGUGUAAGAAACAGGUGCUGUUAAUUAUGUAGCACCUGUUUCUUACUCAAGGAACAGAGAAAUAGCACCAGUUUUCUUUUGUUCGCCUAUUUAUAGAGUGCUGGUGAAAGCUUAAUUUUGAACACCCUGUAUAUACGCAAUAUUCUAUUUUACCGCGUUAAACAGGAGUGAGCCGUUUAUUCGCAUGGUGAAAAUAAUUACUACCGAAACCCUAGACACGUUUCGACUACCCUUGUUGCCAUUUUGUAGAGGAGAAAGAGCGAAAUGUAGGAUUCUGCAUUGCGGGCAAGUAUGACGCAAACAUUCAUCCUUCUUAAUUGGAAACGUGAUACCUGACAAAUUUGCGCCGGAAAGAGCAAUUGCGUAAGACUUUUCGAAUGUUAAGUUCGUCAAUUCCACGUCCGAAUAAUGUCUGUGAUGAAAACUGUCUGCGCAUCUAAUCGAGAGGAUGAAAGAGUAGUUUAAAAUGAAGAAGAACACGUCUCUUUUCCAUGGGGUGUACCGUUAAUACGGGUUGGAAAACAACUUAUCUCGCCGCGGAUAACAGCGAUCUAUCAUUACCGAGUAGUUUAGAUUGUAUACAUGUUAGUCUGCUUUGACAGACUUUCACAGUGAAAUGAAACAUUUUCCGUAUUGGAUUCCGCAUCAAGUCUGAUGGUUCCGUAAUGGUAAGUCAUAUCUGGCAUUUACUUCCAAUAGGCCUCCAACCAUGAGU